ACAACGCGUUUUGUUGCCAGAAUGUGAUACAAAAAUGAACGAAACUAAACAAAAGUAUUUAUGCUUCAUUAUGUGACCCAUGUUCAGAAGCCUCGGUGUCGUGUGUGUUUUGUUUCGUCACAUCUUUUAAAGCUGUGUACCUGUAGACAGACAGACGAUGUCCUCGCAGUGGUGGACAGAGCGCCAGGGACAGGUGGACCUGAGGCACAAAAGCAAAGAAGAGCUUCGUGAACUGCUCCUCCGACAGCAGAGGAUUCUCUCCAACAAGAAGUUAUUAGAUGCUCUUCCAGACCGAGGACAAAAGACAGAAAGAUUUGCAGAGACUUUGCGCCUUGCUAUUGAGCACCGUGAUGAAGAGGAGAAAAAACAAGCUGCCUUAUUUGCUGCCAGGAACGAGUUGCAGUUCAGAUAUAAGAAGGCUUUUACUAAGAGACAACAUGGAGUCCAUACCACCUCAACACUUGCCCAACAAAACGGACAAAGCAAUGCUGCCACAAGCAAGCGGCUACAGAAAGAAGAGACGGCACCUGCCUCUGCUCAUGGCAAGGAAAACAUUGUGGAUGAACAGCAAGGCCAGUUUAACCUCAGAGCUGCUGUAUCCACAAAGUCCACAUCCACUACUGCCUGUCCAGUCCCUGAUCAGCAAAAAGAGCGUGACAUUGUGGAGUCCUUUGAGAUGGUCACACUAGAUGAAAGAGCUGACUCUGGUUUAUCUCAGGCGUCCCAAGACCCUUUAAACAAGUCAUCACAGGACAAUUAUUUUCUUGGAAAGCAGGUGCCACAAAAGCAACAUUACAUGGUUGUCCUGGAAAAAAUGGAUGUUUUGGAAACCCAAAAGCAAAAAUUCAAACCAAAUCAGUUGCCUCAAAAAACUGAGAGCUGUUCCUCUGGAUCCUCAUCACCCAGUGAGUCUGCUGCACCACUACACUCUGAACAAGCCAUGAAGAAGCAGGAUGAGAAACACCUGGAUGACAUUUGUGCAGCCCGGAUCCCAGCCCUCAUCUGUGAGAAAAUCAAGGUUUUGUCAAUGGCAGAGUCUGUCACUCUUCUGGACAAACAGACAAGGAAACAGCAGGAGUUGCAGGCCAAACAGGCUGGCAAGAAACUGUCUGAGGGACUUGGGCUCUCCAUGAUGAGCUACACUCCUGAUGGUGGUCCAAUGGCUGCCUACAGAGAGGUUCAUGACAAUGAAGCCCUGAUCUCCUCUGACGAAGACUGAUGCUGUAAGAUGGGAAACCAGUCCGAUGAGCACUCUGACAGACCCAUU